AUGAAAAAACUGGCCUACAGUACCUCCAUUCUGCCAGCUACUUCGCUCUUCUUCUCCUCUGCUUCUUCUCCUUCUCUGUCAUACGCACAGUCCUCAAUGCCUAGCUCCCGCUCGGCGGAGCUCAACGUGGGCGGAGUCAAACGUUUGACUCCGCCCACGUUGAGCUCCGCCCCGAUCUGCGGACUGCAGUCAGGGGUAUAUGCCAGGGGUAGCUGGGCGCCGUGCUGGGAGCAUGAUGACACAGGUGCAGUGGUGCCGCCUGGUGGUCAGACGGUGCCAGUGCAGCUCAGACUCAUGUACAGCUCCACAGCCUCAGCUCAGUCAUCACGCUCCAGUAAGUUGGCACCAGGCUUAGGGCUUGACGUGAAGCAGGAGAGUGGAGGCGGACAGCGGGACACUGAUCUGUGGGCUGGCGGACUGCCGAGCACUGCAGCCGGCUUCAGAGACUGA